AUGGGAGUGGAAUUGGCGAAUAACAACAGUGUAUACGAUGAGCUUGACGAUCUUAAUGUGGUCCGCUAUGUCCGGGACGCCCUUGCUUCAGUCCAAUAUUUUUUUUUUCAGAUUUUUGGAAUGAGCAUGUGGAACUAUGGACCUCAUGUGUUGGACGCGCUGAUUGACCUGAUUACCUCUUUGGCUGUUUCAAGUGAAAAAUAUCUUGAUUCAUGUUUGGAGAUGCUCGUAAGCAAUUUCAUGCCUCCUUAUUAUUUCUUAGAUAAACUUACAAUGCCACGCGGUCUUGCUCAGAAGUAUGAAGUUCUUUCUAGGGUGCAUACAGCUCUGCAAAAAAUUUCUGAUUUGGUGCCUCUGGUUCCUUUGAGAUUAUUGCCAAUAAUUGCCCAAAGAAUGCCAACAAUCCAUAAAAAGGAUAAUUUAAUUGUGAUUUAUGUGGAGAACAUGUUAAGGUUGGAGAGUAGCACAAUUGGUGAAAUUGUUGGUAGUGUGAUACUUGAGGCAGUGGUGGAGAGGCUGAGAGAUUUGGAUGUGGAGAUAGGUUGGGAUGACAUUCUACAAGAAGACUCAGGUAAAGGCAUAUUUGAUAUGGAACUUGAAGAUGUCAAUGAUGCUGCAGAUGACAACCAAGAUGGUGAUGAGUUUCCAAGUGGAUCUUUAAGUAGGAAGAGUUUAGGCGGGAAUGUAAUUGCUGAAUUAUUAGAUAGCUUGAUGGUCCUAACUCUUGAGCACCUUGAAUCCUGCCAAGCCGCUGGCCGAUUAAUUGAGAUAUUUGAAACUCUUCUCCGGUCAUUUGAGAAAUAUGUUAUGAGUACAUACAAGUCAAAAUUUUCCCAGUUUAUACUGUUCUAUGCCUGCGCACUAGAUCCUGAAAAAUGUGGUGUUAGAUAUGCCACCAAGCUGGCAGAUAUUUUUGUUUGCAGUAGCAACCCAUCAAUGACAAGGAUGAGUGCUGUGGCUUAUCUCGCUAGUUAUUUAUCACGCGGAAAAUUCUUGUCAGCCUCUUUUAUUGUUACCAUGCUGAAAAGGCUCGUGGAUUGGUGCUUGGAAUAUUGCAAAACUAGGGAAUAUGAUUCUAAUCCAAGAAUGCACCAAGUUUUCUACUCUGCAUGCCAGGCUAUUAUGUAUGUCCUAUGCUUUCGAAUGAGAUCUAUUAUGGACAUUCCUCGUCUCAAGUCACAGCUUUCAAUCUUGCCUCUGGAGCUGAUCUUGAAACAUAAAUUAAACCCACUGAAGGUUUGCUUGCCAUCUGUGGUAGAUGAGUUCCUUCGCCAAGCUAAAGCAGCUAUAAACAGUUUCAUCCGGCCAAACUUUAUAUACUGGUCAAUGGUAAGAAGUAGCAAUGAAGUUGAUGAAGAAGACAAUAGUGUUGACAAUAGUGAUGACGAAGUUGCGGAGGUCUUUGUGAAUGAGAAUGGGGAUAAUUUCAUGGAGGAGAUGGGAAGAAGCUUUGAUGAGCAAGAUCUUGAUCUUGACUAUGCAUUAAAUAAGAUGUCAAUCACGCCCAAUAAUUCAUUCAAGUCCAGGUUUGGAGUUCAAUCACAGGAAAUUAUGAGAAUGCCUUCAAGGAUUAGACCCUCCAUGAGUCCAGAAUCAUUGUAGUUAUGGAGUGUUUUAGUCUUAUUACCAUAAAAUGAGAGGAGAAAAUGAUGGCUUCAAACUAUCAAGGAAGAGACUGUCAGAGUGCUAGGUAGACAAGCAGCAGAAUUCAGGCAAUGGCUUUGGUUGAAGAACAUAGUUGUUCAUCUAACAUUAGAUUCUUCUUGUAAAAAUUAUCUAGUAAUGCAAAUAAAUUUUGAUAGUA